GUGGUUUCAUAUUUCUAUAUCGAUUUGAUAUAUAUUUGUAUAAGCAAAUAAGCUAUAGAUCAUUACUUCUGGUCCAUAUUAUAGUAAGUCUGUGAUACAGUUAAUUUCUUUAGCGAAGAAAUUAAGUAGUUAUUACAUGUUUAUAUUAAGCUCUAUCGUUAACCUAACGGAGAAAAUUCCGUCCAGUAUCUGAUAACAACACCAAAAAUUUUAAAACAAUGAGAUAAUAUUCCAUGUGCGUGGAACCCGCGGUCAUAAGAAGGUGGCGGGGCGCAGCAGUGCAGGGACAACAUGACGCGCCCGGGACCUCCCAAUGAGAACCUGCCUACGAUCAAACUGGUGGUGGUGGGAGAUGGCGGCGUGGGGAAGAGCGCAAUCACGAUCCAGUUCUUUCAGAAGCUGUUCGUGACGGACUACGACCCCACCAUCGAGGACUCGUACAUACAGCACACCGAGGUGGACGGCCAGUGGUGCAUCCUCGAUGUACUAGACACGGCGGGGCAGGAGGAGUUUAGUGCCAUGCGGGAGCAAUACAUGCGCAAGGGGGACGGAUUCCUGCUCGUGUACUCCGUCACCGACAAGCAGAGCUACGAGAACAUUCGCCACUUCCACACACAGAUACUGCGGGUCAAGGACAGGGACACGUACCCCAUGUUGCUAGCCGCCAACAAGGUGGACCUCGUGCACGUGCGCGCCGUCAGCGAGGAGGCAGGCCGCGAGCUGGCGCGGCAACUGGGCGCGCCGUACAUAGAGACCAGUGCCAAAGAACCGCCGCUCAACAUCGACGCCGCCUUCCACGAGUUGGUGCGCAUCAUCCGCAACCACCCGCAGCAGGAGGCCAAGCCGCGCGGCCGCCGCAAGCUGCGCUGUACGCUGCUGUGAGACGCGCGCCACUGCAAUACGGAGUACGACGGCGGUACGAGGCCGGCGCCCGUACGCCAGUAAUGCUACUUGUAUUGGUAACUGAGUGGGAAGCAAUCACGAAGCUGUUUGUUGAUAAACAAGAGGUAUAUGUUAUUGCACCAAUAUAUUCGCGAGUAAGGCUUGUACAGUGAUGUUAGAGCGCAUAGUACAUGUAAUACGUAGCUUAGUCAUAUUUUUAUAUUGACGUGAGAAUAUGAAACUAUAAUGUCGAACACAAAUAUUUUGAAAUCGAAGCUUUAAAGGUUUCUACCGACUAGAGUGUAUCACGCAAUAGUGAAGACGUCGGCCUUCGACUACAGCUGCGGGAUACAACAUUACUUGAAUGCUUCAAUGGGAGGCUCGCUGUGUCACUGUGUCGCUGUGUCGCUGUGUCGCUGUGUCGCUGUGUCGCUGUGUCGCUGUGUCGACGCGCCUAUACGAAUGCACAAACACUACGGUCACGUCUACGAGACGUGACCGUAGAUAUGUUAUAAGAUGAAUUGUUUAUUUCACAUAUAUAUUGUGUACACAUGCGUAGCAUUUAUUUUAGCUCGGUAAGUGUCCAUAGUGUAAGCAGACUUUGUGACCAAUACAUUGUGGAGAUGCAAUUGUUCUUGUUCUCGUUAGUAUUAUUUUGUUAGACUAAAGUCGGAAUACUCAAACGCUACUCAAUUUUAAGUCGCGCUUACGUAUAGUUCUGUCUCCACAAAUUCUUUGUAAAACGACAGAGAUAGCACGAUAUUUAAGCACGACUUAAAAUUGAGUAACGUUUCAGUAUUCCCGGCAUAAGUUACGCGCACCGGGGUCGGGCCUCGGCUCAUGCAUGCCACGUAUUUUUACUUUUAAUGUUUUACUCACACUUGGGAUGCAUCUAUGCAAAGUAUUGUCUUGGUAAGCAGACAAUGGAGCAGAAGGCAUGCAGCAUCUAGCUCAUGAAGUGCUGUGGUGGCCGCGGCGCGGUGCAGUGUGCGCGUACCUUAACGUUGGAACCAAAGUCAGUCGGGGGCGGCUCGACGUCCACGACACUCGAACCCUCGCUGCAUACAUUUAUGCAGCGUGUUUGGCACGUGGACCGACACCAUUUUUUCAAGGAUUGGGGAAGACUUUGGUCCAUAUGUCACUGUUGGUCAUGUAUGUAUGUGGUAAAUUUUACCAAAAAUUUUCAUUUUAAAAAAUUUACCCAAAAUAUUUCCGUUAACUCAAAAUAACUUUUUUGUUAGUGGGCCAGUGGUCCAAAUUGAAUUUUGUAUAAGUACUCCAACGUCUAUUAUAUCUAAAUACAUCUUUGUUUGAUUUAAAUGACUACAAAAAACAAGAAAUUUGACAAGCUUCCAAUGUUGCAAUUUUUCAUUCCCACAUCUGAAAAUGUUAAACUUCUUAAAUGUUGGUCACACCAACCGUGACGUUUGGGACAAAGGGUUUAUGGGUAAAAUGUUAAUGACCUCACAAAUCCCUGAAAAAUUGUGUCAGUCCAUGCGCCAUACAACCUGUAUACAUAUAUUGUGUUUAAAUAGCAAGGUAUACGUCACAGUUGACAAUAAAUUACUACCAUCGUUCCCUCAGACGUAGCCGACACCGUUCUCAAGACACAGUGUCGUGUCGAGCCGCUAGUACAUGGGUAUUAUAGCACGACGCAUUUGUUAAACACACGCCAAAGAGAUUUCCUAAGUAUCUAGCUUUUAUUUAUAAGUGAGUAAGGAGUAUAUUUCAAUGUUUAAACGUUAAUUCUAAGAGCGGCUGUCGAGGCGGCGCCCGUACCCAGCGUACAAACAAUAUGGAAGUACGCAUUUAGCUGACAUGCAACGGAAUAUAAAUACUAAGCGAUCACCUGACAAUCGAUUAGAUGUACCGCGGUAUGUACCGCGGGGCGCCGCCGCCCACUGCGGUAUGUACCGCGGGGCGCCGCCGCCCACUGCGGCAGUGGCGGCCACAGCGCUGCUGGCAACAACAAGGCUGACCCAUUCUCAAACUAUUUCAGCAUAACGUUCAAAUAUACAGUCGUGAGCUCUGCUCAUCAUACUGCCCUCGCAGUUCCACCACUACUUGGAUCUUUAUCUAAUAACUAUUUAUUCUAGUUCAAGCGAACAUAGGCUGAGAGUACCACUGCCAACUGACAAGUGACCAUUUGUACGAACAAGUUACUUAGUAAUCCCAGUCGACACAAGUGUGCCACGUCUAAAAUUAUCUAACUGUAACUAUCACCACAGUAUUCCUUUGACAUUCACUAAAUGGCACUUAUAAGUCAAAAUAGCCACCGGCUACGUUAUACACCACACUGUUCCGAAGAACAAAGCAGACGCUAUACCACGACACCUAGUCAUAAGUACAUGUAGUCUAUGCUAACGAAACACUGUCAAGGAAUUGAACUCAGGAAUAAAUGAGUGUUCGAAUUUUAGCAUAAAUAUGUAAUAGAUUGUAAACACUACUUCUACUGCUGACUUAGUAAUAUAGUGAACGUAAUAUGUUAUACUUUAUUGAAGUUCGCCCGGGAGUUGAAACUCAGUUAGAACAUAGACUGCAGCUCGCACUCCUCGCAGGUCGACAGCCAAUAAUAAAACUAUGUUCAGUAAGUAAAUACUUGAUGCGACGGAAUUGUCUGUGGAGCAUCUACUACACUCUUACAACACGAAGAUCACCCGCGACAUAUUGCACUGCAGCCGGUUUAUCGACCGUGCAGUCCAUUCACUUGUAUAUUAGCAGCAUGAUAGAGCCGGGAGCUGGCCGAGUGCUGGGCCCGGCCUGUUACCGCAGCCUCCUCCGUCGCUUCACCACUCGCCACAGACUGCUCUAUGGAACUGAGAACCCCCAGGCAGCGCAUUGCCACUGUAACCGACACGACUUGCGCGUGCGCAUGCCAUAAUACAUGUUAUAUGUAGUUGUUUCUCUAGAUUGCUAUAUUAUUUCACUACUGACUUCCAAUACAAAGCAAAAUAUUUAUUUUAAUAUAAAUACUUGAACAAUAUUUUUUUAACAAGAUAAACAUAUUUUAUAUUGCAUUAUUGUUGUUAUCCUUUGAUCUAGUCCUUGGAUUGUGUCCAGAAUACGAAGAUGAUAAAGAAAUUAAAUUAGUUGUGCGCUGCCCCAUUUAGUAUCGGCGUAAUGAUAAAUGAUCGUAUAUUGUUGUUACUAUAUGUUUUGUAUGUUGUAACAUAUAAUAAAUGUAGGAAACUU